GCCUCUUACUUCCUUUCUCUACCCCUGUCCACCAUGGUGAGUGUUCUGAGUUGCUGCUCGCAAUGGAGGAUAACUUUAUCCGUCGCCAUCCUCUGCAUGCCGGACCUCCAGUCACCCUAAACCCAGCUCAAAUCCUGCCGGGCACUCAUCCCGUGAUAUUCCCGGCGAUAUGUCGUAAGAUUGCGGGGAGAUUAGACUGUUAUAUAUAGCUGCUCACUCGGGGUACUAGGCCCACGCCUGACUCCAUAGUAACUACGGGUAGGCCUGGAAUGGCAGUGUGGGAAAGGUGUAUGCACCCACUGCAAUAAACUCUUGGGGCCUCUUCGAGUAACUCAGACCGCGGCCUUUCCCAGACCUGGUGCCGCUUUUGAGCAGCUUUCUUGGGGUUACCUAUCUAAUUUACACCGCAACUCUAGAAGGCUUUUGGUGCCACUUGUAUUAAUACUGCUGGCAUUUAUUUAUUUGACUUGAGCACGUUAUAACAGUGCCUGGGUUAUUUAGUAUUUUUGUGGAUUUAUUAGGAUAUUAUUAUAUUAUUAUAAUAUAUAUUUUUUUUUUCCCUUUUUAUAACCGAGUUGGACAUGCAGAUGAUGUAAAGAAUAUUUGCUAUCUGAGUUUCUCUCUGAUGACAAGCUUUCCACCAAGAUCGCUGAUGCAUGUCUACCAUGGUUUAAUACCUAUACUUACAGACCAUUGAGAAGGAAUUAAAAAUAAAUUUAUUAGUUUGAAAGCCUUGGCAAGUAGUUUCAUGGUGUCCUCGGACAGGGUUAACUGGGUAAUUACCUUAGUGAGUAGAUCAGAAGGCUUUUGUUUUAACUUGUUUUACAUAUUUCUGCAUUAAAUGGAGGUUGGGGUGCUUUUAUUGUUUAACUUCACUUGUUGGCCAUUAUUAACUGUAUCAUGUCUUUUAUUAUGACAGCCUAAAGGAAAGAAGGCCAAGGGGAAGAAGGUGGCCCCAGCCCCUUCCGUCGUGAAGAAGGCAGAAGCCAAGAAAGUUGUGAAUCCUCUUUUUGAGAAGCGGCCCAAGAACUAUGGCAUUGGUGAGUGUAAUUGUAUUGUAAUGUUGCUCUUCCCACUGCAAACACUGGGUAGCUCAGUUUCCUUCAUACCACAUCGUUAUGGUAAAAUAAACUGCCAUGUGGUGGAUCUGUCGUGGUGUUUGUGUGGUUUUUUGUUUUUGUUUGUUUUUUUACCACUGGAUCUGGGCAUCUCCUUUCUGCUUUAUCUGAAAUGCGUAACUUUUAGUGAAGUCUUUAGAAUGCUGCAGAUAUUUUGAGAAUAGAAUGAAGCUGGUAUAGUUACAAAUAUUUAACAGAACAUUUUAAUGUUUGGGUUUUUGUAGUGUAUUUUACAUGAACAGGACUAUUUACUAUGAUGUAGAUUGACACCAGUAUUGCUGCUGCAUGUUUAGAAUAGUCACUUGGUAUGUUAGAGUAUUGUUUUUUGGGUUAUUUGUCUUGCUUGUGCCUUUUUAGGGGGAGGUCUUAUAGAUUCCAAGAAUCAUUAAAGUCAAGAUCUAACACCUAGAUGGAGCCAAUAAUUUCACAUUUGUCCUAAUAAAAAUACAUAUAAGAAGUGUCGUUUGUAAUUUGCAGGAAUACUUAAAGGGGCGCACUGUAACUACUUCCCCUUAGAAGUAGCUGUCUGGAUUACCCUUCCAUUCAGAAUAAAACCCUUUUUCUUUUAAUGUGAAAUGUGAGUUUCUUUGAGCCUCUCAAUCCACUCUGGGCUUAUUAAAGGGUCACUAUAACAAAGUAAUCUAAAUUAAUUUAUGGUGCCAGGAGGCCUUUUCACACAACUCUUGCCUUAAGACAGUGGUUCCCAACCAAAUCCUCAAGUACCCCCUAACAGUCCAGGGUUUACCCAGUUGUGUCUAAGGUGUUUUUAGAAAAAAACUCUUCAGACACAAUGGGGUACUCCCUAAAUCCUGGACUGGUCUGGGAACCCCUGCCUUAAGGGUUAGUUUUUAAGUGUGCCUGGGGAUCUCCUAGCACAGUAAUUUAAUUUAGAUGGUUAUGUGACAUUGGUGUUCGGUUAAGCACUAGCUUGAGCAGCAGUUAUUGGCCAUGUUUUGGCUCACUGAUUUCAGCCAUUGCUGGUAUGAAUCUGUAUAGCCAUAAGGAAGUUAAUGCGUCAAGUUACGGCUGGGUUCUUAAUAGCCAGGUACUCUAAAUGUUUACUACUUGAAAAUGGUUUAACAUUGCAUGAAAGGGAAAAUAUUUUAGUAACUAGUGUUCCUUUUAAUUGCCUUCACACUUGUGGUGUGCUAGUAAUCGGUGUUUAGAAAGUUCAUAGCCACAAUCAGAAUUUAUGGGAUCUGAACGGAUAAAUCCAAUCUAAUUAACCUGUAGAUAAUCUGGUCACUGCAGGUAUUCGGGUUUUGUUCUGGAAUUUUAACUAAAACUUCUGUGAUAUUAUAGAAUAGGCUUUCAUAAGCAUUCAGUUUUUAUGGAAAACUCAAAGCAGACUUCUUAAUUCUAGCUGUUUACCGUAAUCUGAAGUCUUUCAUACGACAAGCAACAUAACUUGCCUGUGCUGUCUAUAAACCAGGUCAGGAUAUUCAACCCAAGAGGGAUCUUACUCGCUUUGUGAAAUGGCCCCGUUACAUCAGACUUCAGCGCCAGAGGUCUAUCCUGUACAAACGAUUGAAGGUUCCUCCUGCAAUCAAUCAGUUCACCCAGGCCUUGGACCGCCAGACUGGUAAGAAUGAUGCUUUUGGGCACAAACUAUAAGGCUCUUAUGUUAAACUUGCAAAUGAUGCAAAACAAUAUUUGCUAUCUGAAUAUGGUGAUUACACACUUCCACCAAGAUCGCUGAUGCAAAGUAUGAGUCUUAAAACUUGCUCAACAUGGCUUUGUAGUAUGAAAUUAUGCAGAUAAGUAACUAUUUUAUUUUUAUUCCCCACUACCUCCACAUUUUUAGCUACUCAACUAUUUAAGCUGGCUCACAAAUAUCGACCGGAAACAAAGCAGGAAAAGAAGAAAAGAUUGCUGGCUCGUGCAGAACAGAAAGCAGCAGGCAAAGGAGAUGUCCCUACCAAGAGACCUCCUGUAAUCCGUGCAGGUAAAUGUUGUGUUUUGGUUAAGGCCUUUUUUAACUGUUUGCGCCCUAUAAAAAAAAAAUCUGUACUACAGAAUGUACACUGGUAAAACACUUAACCCCUUAAGGACGCUGGACAGAAGUCUUCUGUCCAAAAUGAAAAUUAACCCCUGAUUGCCACAAUCGUGGGGUUAAUCUUCCUGUAGUGUCUACAUAUCGGAGACACACUACCACGGUCAGUUUCACUGAUUCCACCCAUGUGAUCGCUCUGACAGGGAGUCAGAGCGAUCAUACAUGCUGCAGUGAAACCCGAUCUGUUUCCCUGCAGCUCCAUGUGAGCUGUGAACUGCAGAGACAAAUCGAUGCUGAUCGGUUACUCUUCAAGUAAAUGUACUUGAAAUAUUUAUUUAACUGGGGUGGGUAGAAGUUAGUGGGGAAAUUGGGGCUUUACGGUUAGGCUAGUUAAGGGUUAAAAAAAACCAAUUAAAAGUGAACUUUUUUUAAGUUUAAACAAAGUUUUAAAAUAGUAAAAUAAGCUAAAACGUUUUAGGGAGAGGGCGGGGAGUGCAUAUUACCUCUACACUUGGUACAGGCUAGCAAAAAAAACACGCUAAGGUUCCAAAUAUGCCUCUUGAAACACCCUGGGGUGUCUUUAGGAAAUGGUAUGCCUUUGUGAAGUAAUUGGGGAAAACACAACCUAUUAAAAACAAAAAUUUCCAAAGUUGGGCAUGGACACAGCGUAAAAAUUCUAACUUAAAUGACUGCCUCAAAUGUGCCCCUUCAACAUUGUCAUAUACCUGGUAAAGGUACAUACCGGGGUAUUGUACUCAGAUGACAUAGCGGAGCAACAUAUGAUGUAUUAUACUGCUGUAGCACACAAGGUUUGCAAAAUAUAUAUUACAUCUCAUUGAGUGUCAAAAGGUAUAAAAAAAGCUUACCACUACACUUGGUACAAGCUAGCGUAAAAAAAUAUUUCACGCUAAGGUUCAAAAUACGUCUUUUGAAAUACCCUAGGAUUAAGAAAUAGUAUGCCUUUUUGGGGUAGUUGGAAAAAGCAGCCUGCGAACAUAUGUAAAAAAUAUAAUACGGUCCCAUUAAAACUCUCCAUGUAAACUCACACUUAAAAACCUGAACUUGUCAUGUCUUUCACAGCACUGUAACUUAACAAAGUAGUGUCUAGGUCAUACAUUGGGAUUAUUAUUUUACUCAGAAGAGGUAACUGAGCAUACUUGGGGGGAAUUUGACAGUGGCACUUAUCAAAUGUAAGAAAUACCCAGUGAAAAUGCAACAUGUCUGUAAAAAAGUUCACCACAAAAUUUGAAAUAAAUUGGUGAAAAAAUGGAGGCAAGUUAAGGUAUAAUAUAUGCCUAAUAACAUACCCUGGAGUGUGUGCUUUCUCAAAUGGAAGCCCUUUGUGGGGUUAUUUGAACAGUCAAAUGGCUACAAUGCCACAAUCAGACAUGACAUCUAUGAAAAUUCCAACUAUAGAAACUGAAAUAGCAUGGUCUCCUAUAUGGCAUUGUAGCUUCACAGAAUAGGGGUAAAGGUAUACAAUGGGGGUAUCGUUUUACUCAGCAGAUGUAGCUGAACACAAUAUGGGGUUCUGUAUAGGGAUAGCACACACCAGCUUUACGAAAUACACAUUACAAAAACCUUGUAGUGUGUAUAUGCUAAAAUAGAGAAAAUAAUUUCAAUCCAAAAUUUAGCAGCGAUUGGCAGUAAAAUGGCCACGCAAAAAGUGUCAAACUAACAUUAGGUAAAUGGCCUGUGAUGUCUAAUUUAUAUAAAUAUAUACUUUUGUGUGGUAAUUUUGUUCCUUGUAAUGGGUAUUAAACUUCCAAAACACAAAUACCAACUUCUAAAAUUGUUUCACAUUGAAAUUUUAUUUUAGACCUUGUAGUUUGACCUGUAACUUUCAAAAUAAACUGAAAUCCUACACAUUAUGCACUUUGUAAAUCAAGACACAUAAAUUAAUUGAUUUUUGAAUUACUUUUCCUAAGCUGGAUAUAUUAUGCACACAUUAUUGCAAAAACAAGAGGGGGAAAGCGUUUUUUCCACGUUUUGCAUUUUUUUGGUAAUAAAUGAGAAUUUACAUGCAUUUGUCACAUCAAAUUAAAGCCCCUUUUGUCUAAAAAAUGGUAUAUAAUGUGUUGGUACAAUAAAUGAGAUGCAAAUUGCAUUUGAAUACAAACCGCAAAAAACUGCUUGUCAUUAAGGUGUUAAUAUAUGCUAUUGCAAUGAUGUUUGAAUUUCUUCACCUGAAAUAUCAUGAAGAUUAAAACAUGAGCUUUUUAACACUGAGCAAUAGCAAUACCACAAGCUUUGGGUUUUUUUUUUUUUUUUCACUUUGUAACUGAACAUACUUAACGAACUUAUGGUUUUACAGGUGUUAACAGUGUCACAACUCUGGUGGAAAACAAAAAGGCUCAGCUUGUGGUGAUUGCACAUGAUGUGGAUCCAAUUGAGGUGAGCUAUUGGACCCAGUGGCUGGGUAGUAUUUUACUGAAAUACACAUGCUAGACGAGUAUAUAUAAAAAUUUUUACAUAUCUAUUUUUUUCCCCUAGUUAUUCUGUAACAAAUUGUAGUGAUCUUAAAGUGGCUCUAUAAUACUCCUGUCUAAAAUGAGCAUUUAACUAAAGUUUUUAUGGAACUCAUAGUGUUGGAAAUUUACUAAAAUUCCAACCCAGUCAAAAGAUAUGACAAAGUAGAGGGACUUUACCUCCAGUAGGCAAAAACUCAUUUCUAUGGAGGAUCUUGAUGAAACCUCAAUGCUGUAAUCACACGGAUGUGUAAGAGUACACUGCUGAAGCUCCAGGAGCUGAAGACCAAACAGAAUAUUAUGGCAGCACUCAUGAGUGAUGGUUUAAGGUAUAUCCUACCUUCUCCUGUGGCCACUAGACCCUCAGAGGCAAAGUCAUGGUUUAGGAGCAACCACAUCAUUCAGUCUGGGGAAACUUUCCACAAUGGUUGCUCACAGCCUUUCAGUGCUUUAUUACAAACCUUUCUUGUGCUGGAGAUUAUAGGAUUGUUUAAAAAUACAUAGGAAUUAAGGAGAGAGCGCAGGUAACUUGUUUUUCUUUGGCUUUUACUAUAUAUUGGGGCUGAUGUGUACUGUAGUUAUUGCUGACGCCCAGUGAUGGGAGUGAGUGCAGGACUUAUUUUUCUGCAUAGGAAGCUGGUCAGGAGGAAGCGGUGCCGAAGCCCCAACUUUAAAGGUAAACUUACCCUAAACGGGAUAAUGUCCCAGGGUAUCCCUGCCUCUAACUUAAAUAUGCUUAUGGGGUUGGGUGUGUUUUUCAAGGAAGGGGCUGCAGCCCGACAUAACAAAACUAGUUUCUGGUUAAAUCUUUCAUCGUAUAUGCUGCCUCAGUUAAAAUCACACUUGUAUGAUCCACUGCAGUCCUUUCCAGCUGAAACCUGGGGAAAAUCUAAUGGAAAAAUUUAAGCCAGUAAAACAAUGUUUGUUCUGGCCCAUUUGAUUAACAUAGUUUUAUUUAGAAAGUUUCAACAAGUAAUGUUUUGUGAAUUGCAAUGAUGUUUUGAAUUUCUUCGACUGAUAAAAUUAUGAAGAUUUAAAAAUGAGCUUUUUAACACUGAGCAAUUCUAUGAUCACCUCUUGGGAGGGGGAAUUGGGUUUCCACUCAACAUUUACAUUAAAUGAAGCACUUGGUCUAAUGUAUUAAACUUCUUUUAUCAGCUGGUUGUCUUCCUGCCUGCCUUGUGUAGGAAAAUGGGAGUCCCAUAUUGCAUCGUCAAAGGCAAAGCUAGAUUGGGCCGUCUGGUACACAGGAAGACCUGCACCAGCCUUGCUUUCACACAAGUCAACGCGUAAGUUUUACUGCUGUUUUGAACUACUGUUUUGUCAUAUCCUCUCUGGCAAUGAUGUGUAUAGAAUUUCUUCACCUGAAUACAACCGUGUGGCACUCAGAGCUUUUUAACCCUGAGCAGCGAGGGUUUGAUAUUGUUGCUUCAUCAGUGUUUUUUGUCUGGGAGAAGUAACUUCUACUAUUGUCCAUUUCCAUAGUGAGGACAAGGGAGCUCUUGCUAAACUGGUGGAAGCUGUCAAGACCAACUACAAUGAUAGAUAUGAUGAGGUAAUGCUUGUUCUGCUUCCUGUCCUGUAUUCUAGGUAAAAUCUAAACCUUUCUUUCACUUUGUCAUAAGUGUGGACUAAUUAUCUUUGUAUAGAUUUUAUCUGCAAAGUGCUUCUUUACCAAGUACAAUAGUCUUGCCUGUGAUUUGCAUUUCCAUAGCUCACCCCAUUAUGUUUCUUGGUGGUUUUUUUUUUCACUCCUUCCUGUUUGACAGAAGAGCUAUCUUAAACUAAAGAACUUUUAUCAGAUGCGCUUUUGAAAGGCCUCUGCAUGUUAUAAUUGGUUUUAAUUUAAUGUCUGUUAACACCUGGCUAUCCUUGUAUUUUUCUUUAGAUCCGUCGUCACUGGGGCGGUGGCGUCUUGGGUCCCAAAUCAGUGGCUCGCAUUGCCAAACUUGAAAAGGCAAAAGCCAAGGAGCUCGCCACAAAGCUGGGUUAAAUGUACCGUGCGUGUUCUGUACAUAAACAAUAAAAACUUUAAAAUCCAUACUUCAGUUCUCAAUUUGUCACAACUAUACUAAAGUUUUCUGGAGAUUGGAUGCUCUUUCCUUAAGGCUUUUAACUUGAAAGCUCCAAAUUGAAGUUGCUACAUAUGGCCAAUUUUACCAUGGCGAGGAGAACUUGCCCCUAUACUUGAUUUAUUUUUAAAGCAUGUAUCGAGGUGAUCAUUCUGCUUAAAUUUUAAAAAAAUAACAAUGUUGCAUAGGGAUGCAAUCUCACGGUUCAUAAAGAACUAUAGAUAAAAGUGACUGCAAACUUCAUGUAAAAU